AUGGACAAAAAGCGACUCAAGAAAUCCAGCAUUGAAUCUAAUAUUGAAUCUACUAUUGAUUCUGUGACAGCAGCUCAGCCAUUACUGUUUAAUGAGAAAUUGGAAUCAAAUAGUAUUACUAAGCCAAUUCCUGAUUUGCACGCUGAACUCAAACAUAUUGAAAAUACUGGAAUAACUCCUCAUCAAACGGUUUCUGCCGUGUGCCUUUCUCUUGUGUCUAGAUCGUUGCUUCAGCACAAAGACAGAGGCGUCAGGAUUCUUGUUGCUUGUUGUCUGGCUGAGUUGCUGCGUUUACAUGCUCCAACUGUUCCCAUCUCAACAGCCCAACUCAAGUCUGUUUUUGCUCUUUUCUUUCAACAACUUCCAAAUAUUACCGAUUCUAAAUACACUUAUUUCAGUCUGUGUUACGAGUUACUCGAAUGCUUGAAUUCUGCAAAAACUGUCACUCUUGUAUCUGAACUCAAUGCUGACGAACUCGUCAUUACAUUCUUCAACACUUUAUUUAAAUCUGUUCGACCAGAAAUGUCACAGAGUGUGAUUGCAUGUUUAUUGGAUUUGCUUCAACAGUUGAUUGAUGAUUCCGAGUUUCUUCAUCACGAUGUGAUUGAUACACUUUUGUUUCAGUUGAGUUCGGCUCAAAAGACUGCUUCUCCAACUGCAUAUCAAAUGGCAUGCGAACUUUGUCAAGCAUCUGCUGACAAACUGCAGCGCUAUGUUUGUCAGUAUUUUAGCGAUAUUCUUAUUGCAGCAGGAAAAGAUAUAUCUGAUGAUUCCAAUUCAGAACAGUUUAUAUCAACACAUCGACUGAUUUUGGAGAUCUACAAAUCUGCACCUGAUAUUCUAUUGAAUGUGAUUCCCCAAUUGGAAGAAGAGUUGAAAGUAGAUACGCUGCCUCUUAGAACUUUGGCCUUGACUUCGCUUGGAGAAAUGUUUUUACAAUCUGGGUCAAAUCUAAUUUCAAUCUAUCCUCAAGUGUGGAAAGCUUGGUGUGACAGACGAAAUGACAAGGCUGUUUCAAUCCGAACUGGAUGGCUUAAAUAUGCCGUGUGGAUUAUUUGCAAACAUCGAUCCACUUUUACUGAACUUGAAUCGUAUUUACAGCACAAACUGUUGGAUCCCGACGAGCGUGUGCGUAUUGAAACUGUCAAGGCUUUUGAGAGUAUUUGGACAGAAUUGCCCAUGUUAAUCCAUCAAGAAUCACUCAAAGCGCUGACAUUGCGUUGUCGUGAUAAAAAGGCAAGUCAUGCAAAUGUUCGUUGUGAGGCUAUUGAUACUGUUGCUCGACUUUUUAAUCAUCUGAUGUCUGUUUACAGUCAAUGCGAAUUGGCCAAUGUAGAUAAGCCAAUUGAAUUGACUAGGUUUAUUUGGCUUGCUGGCGAUAUUCUUGACUUGCUCUAUGUUUGCGAAUCGGAAAUCAGUAUCUUGGUUGAGAAAGCUUUAUGGACGUAUAUUAUUCCACCACUUUCCGAUUCAACAGCCUACACAAAACGCAUACUGAAAGUGCUGCAUACCCUCACACCCAAGCAGUAUAAAGCCUUUCAAAACCUUCUUAUACGAAAAUCCAACAGUGUCUAUCAACUUACGAUUUACCUCAUGCAAUGCGAGAAAUACAAUGGUGGGAUAAUGGAUACAGACGAAAAGGAGAUCACAAAUGGACUAAAUAUGCUCGUCGCUCAUCUUGGUCAAACCUUUCCGGACAUAAAACGUGCAACGGCCGGAUUAAUGAAAUUUGCUGAUGUGAAUGAUCGUCGAGUAUAUCAGUUGAUUCAAACUGUAAUGAAUCCACAAAGCGAAUACAAGAAAAUUGUUGGUGCGCAAAAGGAAGUGAUGAAAAGAAUCACACAACACGGUGGUGCGCUUUUUGAAGUAUUCGAAGUGUUGGUUCGAAGAGUUUCGUUGAUUGGUGUGGGCAGAAGCUGUGUUGAGUGCCUGAUGCGUAUAUGUCAGGAAAUUCGCCACGGUCACCAUGAGGAUAUACGGGAAAUGGAACCCACUGCCAAGCAAUUUAUGAAGGAUAUUUCGGUACAUUUUCCUGGAGUAUACAAGAAUUUGGUGCAAAGUUUUAUCGAGACCAUUGUCAAUGAAGCCGAUACAAGUUCAGUUCGAGAUGCGCUUUUGGCAUUGACCAGAUAUAUCAAAACGUUUCCGGGAGAAGCACCCAGUCAGCCUGAGCUUACUAUUAAAUUGAAGCAAAUGGCUUUGGGGGACGAUCUUAUUAUGGCCAAAAGUGCCAUGAUUGUUCUUGCACUGGGUGGACAAGACGAUCAAUGUGUGGAUAUUGUGAAUACUAUUUUGCCUGAAUUAACAUUGGAUAAUCCGGUGCUUGUGACCAAACUUGCAUGUCUUCAAGCUGCCGCACGAUACGCCUAUCAAUCAUCAUUUCUUUCAAAUGUUGUUCCUAUUAUGAAUUUUAUUAUCAAAAAAGUGAUUUUGGUGAACCAAACCGAGGCAUCAGAACAAGUGCUUGAUUGGGUCGACUAUGACGAUUUGGCGCCAGAAGGAAAAAUCAAAAUCAUGUCACUUAAACUUGCUGUCAAACCUUUGCUCAAUCUGAAUGACGAGCAAGAAGAUGCGUCCAAAAUGGAUUUGGCAAAAUCUGUUUUAAAAAUGUUGCGAAUGAUUCUAGACAAUUCUGGAGAGGCUGUUACCAAAGGCUAUCCCACCAGCUUGACGUACAAGACCCAUUUGCGGUUAACUGCAGGUUUAUGCAUGCUAAAACUUGCUCGAAACAAACAGAUUAGAGCACUUUUUGACCCAAUGGACACACGUCGCAUGUCCCUUCUUGUUCAAGAUCCAGUCUAUAAUGUUCGCAGCACAUUUGUCAUCAAGCUAUGCACGUAUAUUCAAAACACACAAGUGCCUUCAGAAUAUAUUGUCAUGCUAUUUUUUAUUGCUCAUGAGCCAGAUGCGAUGUUGAUGCAUCAGGUUCGAAGUUUUAUCACACGAAGAGCAAAGUCGGUUCGUGUCUGUGACGACACAUCUCAAGCACCGUUGGUAGAGAAUACAUUUGGUUCAUUCCUACACUUGGCUUCUCAUCAUCCUGAUUUUUCUACUUUGCACGAUGACCUGGAAAGCUCUGAAGGAUAUGUACGAUUCUUUUUUGAUACUGUUGCAACAGCGGAAAAUAUAGCCUUGCUUUAUUCCAUUGCAACCAAGAUUAAAACCCUUAAAGACAAGCAUGCAACAGAUUCACAGGGACUGUAUGUUGUGAGCGAAAUGGCACAAAUUCUAAUACACGAUCGUGCGUCGUCUAAUUCAUGGACGCUGCAGUCUUGGCAGGGACGAUUACCUAUUUCCAGUCGCUUGUUUGAGCAUUUAUCUUCUGCUGACGCAUCUGCUAAUAUCAAACGCCAGUUUCUUGGACAAAGUUAUUUGAAGGAACGGACACAGAGGUCAAGAACGCCUGUGAAACGCACUGCUGUAUCAGACACACCAUCCCGGACACGAGAGUCCCAUUCGUCUCCAUUAUCUACACCUUUGCGUCGACAAGAUGUGAAACGGAGAAAAAACACUAAUGGAGUCAACGAGCAUGACGACGAUACAGACAAUGACAGUAGCAAGAAAAAGAAAAGGAAACCGACCGACUCUGCAUACAAGAAACGCUCUCCGCUCAACUUAAAGUCCAAGAAUAAUGAAUCAACACCAUUACGAAGAUCUGGAAGGAAAUCUACGUCUCAUAGCGUAUCUUUGGUUGAUUUGAGUGAUAGCGAAGCGCUUACAGACGAAGACGAGAUGAAAAGCGACCAUCGUCGCAAUUCGGUUGAUUUUGAACAGGAAAAUGUUCUAGGACAACAUACUCCUAUUGGCAUGACCAAGCUUUCCAAACCCGCAAGUGAAAAGAGUUCACUUUAUGAAAGCGCAAGUUCAAAUAGUCAGCCAGGGACUCAGCUCAAUGUACUUGAGCGUAUGAUGGCUGUUGCUGCUUCCAAAACGACUGGUCAACGCGAUGGUAUUAAAACGAAUGGCAAUGAACAGGGACUUGCUCACGAUGCUGACCAGGAUUUUGCAGUUCCUAUCAAGCGAUCUGCUCGAAUAAAUGCACGUCGCUGA